AUGCAGUCUACUUUGCAUGCGGAACUUAGGUUCACGCAGAUACUAAAGUCCACUUGCCGGCAGUGCGCCCGACGGCAAUCCAGCAGAACACGUUCCUUUCAUACCGCACCCCGAUUUCGUGCCCCCCAAGAUCCUACAAGCAAUUCCAGCUCAAUAAACGGUCGUGACCUCGGCGAAGAUGCAAGCAGCCUCGAAGUCCGGUCGGAGAUAGCACGAGACAAGGCACGAUUCGAAGAGACCAAAUCCACCGCCAGCCUUACUCCCUCCGACAAUGCGGACCAACCACAAACGCAGAACUUCUAUGGCUCGUCUGCAAGGAGGAGACUACGAAGCCGCAUGCUCAAGGACGCAGAGCCCGAGAACCCUACUCCAGAGUGGUUGUUGGCCAACAACAUACAUUUAUAUGGCGAAGGGACACUUGCGGUCGGCGCGCCCUCGAGGGUUCAGGUUGUUCCCGCGGAUCUGAUCACUGGCGAGCCACUGGAUCAUACCAACCCCUCGAGUCCGGGUGGGAAUCCCCGUGAUCCCAAUGGCGGAGAUAGCAAAGAUGGAGAGUCAGAUGUGAAUUUACAAUCGUCGUUGGAAGACGGCGAGGGAUCGAACGGAGUGAGUCCCGAGACCGGGGAACUGUCAUCAAUAAAAGCCGGACAGAGUUCUUCAUCUGGGAAGAGAUACUAUGUCAUCGAUGAACAGUAUGAAGAGGUGGAGAGGACCGCAAGAGGUCUUAUGCAAAUACCAGAGAGCCCGAAAGCCUCGACCGACGGCGAUUUCAUGAAAGACCAUCUGCUCUUACAGUAUGCUGGCAAAGAUGGGGAUUUACUGCUAGAUCAUGUUGUCGAAGAUCUAGCUCGAAAUCUGGGUUGCGAUCUCAUGGUGCUGGAUGCUCAUGAUAUUGCAGACUUGAUCAACCGGUCAAAUCAACCAUCGCGAGUUGCGAAAUCAGGGCGCAUGUUGAGCUACGAUGUCUUUUCCAAUGCUUAUCCCACUGCUUCUGAAGCGGGACAAAUGCAGCUCUCCAAAGAAGAGGACGAGGAUGAUGAAGAUAUGAUGGACGAUUUUGAAACACCGCCCUCUUCUCCUCAGAUGGGUAUGCCUGUAUUCAUUGGCAAGCCAAUAUCCAUUGAUCUGAAGACGAUGUUUUCGGCUCCAGGACGAACAACAAGGUCAGACAUACCUGUAUCACCCAUGAAGCUGGUCUCUGAUAUGUUGAACAUGAAUAGCGGCACCCCAUCUCAAGAACCAAACCGCCUUUUCGCCCCAACAGUUGAUAGCCUACUGACGGGCUUCCUGGAACGGCGGUUGGAACCGGCUGACAAGGGACGAACUCAAUCCUCGGCAAGAACUCUGAAGUUGCAGGAACUCCGCGAAUACACGGCAAAGCAAACCGGUGUACCAAAAGAUGCAGCCAUUAUACACGUCAAGGAUCUCGAGGCAAUCCAGGAGGUCAACAUUGGCAAUCAAUUCCUCCAAGAACUUUACCGCCAAGUCGCAAAACGCAGGAGCUCAGGGGCGAGCAUUCUCCUGGUGGGCACAGAUUCUGCACGAGAAGACCACGAACCGUUCACCAAACAGCGGAUCAAUGACACGCAGACGGGCGAGCGAGACGAAGUAUCACAGAAUAUCGUUCUGACUCCGGUUCUACCCAACACCACUUCCAAGCUUGCCCUCCUUCACGACCGGAAACAGCGAAUUGCCACAAUCAACAUGCGACACCUUUGGGAAAUGAUGCGUCUUCGUAAACCGUCUGUAUUCGCCCAUCUCGAGCCAGGGUUCUGGCGACGGGAUUUCUUCAACCACGUCACCAGGAGCGACAGGACAUGUUUGGAAGCACAUCUGUGGAGCUAUUCAUAUGUGCAACGGCUGGCAACAUACAUAGCUGGAGCGGCUCCGCCGAUCAGCAACAUCCCGGGCAUUACCGACAAGAAAGAACUCCAAGAUUCACUGGCUGCUGUUCAAGGGAUCUCUGAACCCAUCAUCUCUGCUGCCACCGCCCACUUAAACCACAGCGACAAGACCAAGAUACGAUGGGCGGAAAAGCAGGAAAAGGAAAUGAAGGUUGAGCUACCAGACCAAGCCAAACCCAAAUCUAAGGAGGAUGUGCGGUUGGCCGGCAUUCGCUCUUCGGCUUCGAAGUAUGAGAAACGAUUGAUGGGUGGGAUCAUUGAGGCAAAGAACAUCAACACGACGUUCAAUGAUGUUCAUAUGCCUGUUGAAACCAUCGACACUCUUCAGACCUUGACGACUCUCUCACUCAUUCGGCCCGACGCGUUCAAGUACGGAGUGCUGGCGUCGGACAAAAUCCCCGGGCUGCUGUUGUACGGACCUCCUGGUACUGGCAAGACAUUGGCUGCCAAAGCCGUUGCCAAAGAAUCUGGCGCGACCAUGCUCGAGGUCAGCGCGGCAGACAUCAACGACAUGUAUGUGGGCGAAGGUGAGAAGAACGUGAAAGCGUUGUUCAGUCUUGCCAAGAAGCUUUCGCCGUGCGUUGUUUUCCUCGACGAAGCGGACGCCAUGUUCAGCGCUCGAGGCAAUCAAGGUCGCCGUGUCAGUCAUCGCGAGCUGCUGAACCAAUUCCUCAAAGAGUGGGACGGCAUGAGCAAUGACUCCGGCAGCGCAUUCAUCAUGGUUGCCACCAACCGCCCGAUGGACCUUGACGACGCUGUGCUACGUCGUCUUCCUCGACGCCUGCUUGUGGAUUUACCUACGGAGCCGGACAGGUUGGAGAUUUUGAAGAUCCAUCUCCGACACGAAGACCUCGCCGAAGACGUGGAUUUGUCGGUCCUUGCGAAGAAGACGCCCUUCUACUCCGGCUCAGACCUGAAGAACAUUGCAGUUGCCGCCGCUCUGAAUGCCGUUCGUGAGGAGAAUGAGCUCGCGAAGAAACACACUGGAGAGGAGCCGUACCAGUAUCCCGAGCGCCGGACAUUACGGUGGACCCACUUUGAGAGAGCUCUUGAUGAGAUCUCGGCCAGUAUUUCCGAGGACAUGAGCUCGUUGAGAGAGAUCAGGAAAUUCGACGAGCAGUUUGGCGACAAGCGUGGCAAGCAGAAGAAGACACCAAGGUUGGGCUUUCCAACGCAGGAAGAGGACAAGGUGCGCGACACGGUCAAAGUUCGACAAUGA